AUGCCGCCCCGAAGCCCCUUCUCAUCGACAAGCUUCGUUUCUCUCUCUUUCAGCCGUGAGCUCCACGUAGUUGUUCUUGGUGCAGGUGGCGUCGGCAAAAGUUGCCUCACUGCCCAGUUUGUCCAUAAUGAGUGGAUCGAGAGCUAUGAUCCUACUAUCGAGGACUCCUAUCGCACUCAAGUUCAAGUCGAUGGUCGACAAGUAAUCCUAGAAAUCCUUGAUACCGCUGGCACCGAGCAGUUUGGUAUGAAAUCUCUGCCUUCUUCUCCCACAGCUUUGCCAACUAACUCGAGAGUAGUGGCCAUGAGAGACUUGUAUAUGAAGACUGGCCAAGGUUUCCUGCUUGUUUUCAGCAUCACGUCUCCCUCGUCGUUAAGCGAGUUGGAGAGCUUGCGGGAGGAGAUUAUUCGCAUCAAGGAUGAAGAAAAUGUCCCCAUGGUGAUUGUCGGCAACAAGGCUGAUUUGGAAGAAGGCCGAGUCAUUCCUCGCGCCAAGGGCUUCGCCGUCUCUCAGAAAUGGGGAGCUCCGUAUUAUGAGGCCAGUGCCAGAACACGAACCAAUGUUGAUGAAGUGUUUAUUGAUCUGUGCCGCCAAAUGCUCCGCAAAGACGAUGAGACGGCAGAGCCAGACGAGGGCUCGAAGAUUGAUGCGCUCAAGAGCGCCAACAACAAACGCAGGCGGCGCUCCAAGUUCCGUGAUAGCACUCAUCCGCGAUGUGUGAUAUUGUAA